AUGAUCCUCUCUGCAAAGAUGUUGGGGGCCAUACUCCUCGAGCUGGCACUCACUGCGGCUGCCCAGCAGACCCUCUACGGUCAAUGUGGUGGAAACGGCUGGACCGGGCCUACUCAGUGUGUCUCAGGCGCAUGCUGCCAAAUUCAGAAUCCUUGGUACUCUCAGUGUCUCCCUGGAAGCUGCUCGCCAAGCACGACCCUGACGAGAGUGACCACCACCGCCACGUCCACAGCCAGUACCGCCACGUCCGGCACCGGGGGGAGCCUGCCUUCUAGCUUCAAAUGGUCCUCCAGCGGCCCACUUGUCGACCCCAAGAAUGAUGGUCGCGGCAUCGCUGCACUCAAAGACCCUUCCAUUGUGGAGGUCGAUGGCACGUACCAUGUCUUUGCUAGCACUGCCACUAGUGCGGGUUACAACAUGGUCUACUUCAAUUUCACCGACUUCAACCAGGCAAACAACGCGCCCUUCUUCUACCUUGAUAAAUCGCCAAUCGGCAGCGGAUACCGUGCUGCGCCCCAGGUGUUCUUCUUCAAGCCACAGAACCUCUGGUAUCUUGUGUACCAGAAUGGCAAUGCUGCCUACUCUACCAACAAGGACAUCAGCAACCCUGCAGGAUGGAGCGCGCCCAAGACUUUCUACAGCAGCCAGCCCAGCAUCAUCACAGAAAAUAUCGGCAACGGCUACUGGGUCGAUAUGUGGGUGAUCUGUGACUCCGCCAACUGCCACCUCUUCUCCUCCGACGACAACGGCCAUCUCUAUCGCUCGCAGACCACGCUCGCCAACUUCCCCAACGGUAUGACCAACACCGUCAUCGCGAUGCAGGAUUCCAACCCCAACAACCUGUUCGAAGCAAGCAAUGUCUACCACGUGGGCGGAGGUAAAUACCUGCUGAUUGUUGAAGCCAUUGGUAGUGGAGGUGACCGCUACUUCCGGUCAUGGACCUCGACCAGCCUCACUGGUACCUGGACUGCUCUGGCGGCUAGCGAGUCCAACCCCUUCGCUGGUGCGAAGAACGUCGCUUUCAGCGGGAAUGUGUGGACAAAGAGCAUCAGCCAUGGAGAGAUGAUCCGUGACCAGGUCGACCAGACUUUGACCAUCAGCCCUUGCAAGCUGCGAUACCUUUACCAGGGCGUGGAUCCCGCUGCGACUGGCAACUAUAACUCCUUGCCGUGGAAGCUUGCUCUGCUCACGCAGACUAAUUCGGCUUGCUAA